GGCGGGAUUGCCACACGUACACUGUCUCACUCCCUUCUCGUCAAUAUAUGCUGUGCUUCUUUGCGUCCUCUUGUCCACUGACUUUAUUUGUAACAGUUUCUCUGUUAAGAGUAGCGCAAGGAGGAAACGUGAGGAGUGUGCUUGUCCAGUUCCCCUUUAUAAAGAGGCAUGGCGGAGAAGACAGUACAAAGAAAACAACAGCGAAAACAAAUAAAGCCGAAACAAGCGGCGGAUACCAUAAAAGCUAACAACUGGAGUACAUCAACAAUUAUUGUUUGUGGAAUCUCGACUGGACAUCUACUAAGUACUUUUAAAAAGUUUUUCAUUUAAUUUCGUUUAAUUUAUUUUUUCCACAUGGCGUGCAAACUAAAUAGCUACUAAACUUAUUUUGCAUGGUUGUCAGUUCGCUUUUAUGUUAGUACUUUCAUAACAUGUUUGGGAUUUAAUAACUUUGAAUAUUUUUAAUCCUCAUUUUAUUGCCAGGGUCUAUUUUUGUUAUUUUUUGAUCAUUGCAAUUGACAUACAAUCUCGAUUGCCACACCGGUUUAUCAAUCUUAAAUAAAGCAAAUCUGUGAAUAAAUUGGCAUAGGGCUGCAAACAUGGGGGCAAAACAGAGCAGCCCGGCUGCUAAUGGUCGAACCAGGGCUUACUCGGGCUCGGAUCUGCCGUCGAGUACCUCCACUAGUAAUGGCAACGGCAGAACCGCAGCAAUGGCAAUGAGAUACCAUGCAUAUGGUGCUUCAGCUCAUUGGACCUCUGGAGCCACAGCGACUGCGGCUCAGCACGUUGGCCCCAGGACAAGAUCGGUGGGUGGUAGUGGGGGUGGGUCAGGAACCAGGCCUCAAUCGAGUAUCAACAUUCCCGAUAACAGUGGAGCUUACAGCUCCCAAGAUUCCGGCAGCAGUACCCCAGAAGAACCCAGUGGAGACGGGUCAAGUGGAGGUCAGGGGGCUCCCCGGCUCUUGAUUGGCUCACUCCCAGCACACCUUUCGCCUCAUCUUUUUGGAGGUUUCAAGUGCCCUGUCUGUUCCAAGUUUGUAACAUCAGAUGAAAUGGACCUGCACCUUGUCAUGUGCUUAACCAAACCAAGGGUGACCUACAAUGAGGACAUCCUGUCAAAAGAUGCUGGGGAAUGUGCAAUAUGCUUGGAGGAGCUGAUGCAGGGUGAUACCAUUGCACGUCUUCCCUGCCUUUGCAUCUACCACAAAGGUUGUAUAGACGAGUGGUUUGAGGUGAACAGGUCAUGUCCGGAACACCCCACCGAUUAAGGAGCUUCCAUUUUUUGCACAGGUGUCUAUCCUACUGGUUCUGGAAGACUGUCUGCUCUACUAAGAGCAGAAAUGAAUGUGAAGUUCUGCCCUAGGCCAUAAUCAAAGGCAUGAUCCUGGUCACUGCUUUGUUGGUGGGAAUCUAAAUCAAACGUAGAUCUCAUUUCAACUUCGGAGGAGACGACAAGAUAUUUUC